AAUAAAGAUGAACGGAUCGGGCUUCCACUGAUCGGUUUCUGGUUUUCUUUGAGUUCUGCGCUGCAGGUUCAUUUGUAGAGGAAGGACUUUAACAUACAACAGAAAAUGAAAGUCACAAGAUUUUGCAUAAAAGCAGAAACCCCCAAAGUACAUGAGCCUGAGUCUAUGGACACAAAGUCCUCUCACCGAUUCUCAGUUGGAUUAAGGCCUGGACUUUGACUAGACCAUUUUCGCGCUUCAAUAUGCAACAACUGUGAUGUCAACAGCUUUCUUAUUGCCACUCCUCCAUUUAAGACACAUUUCAGGAUUGUAAGACUCAGUGUUGUCUUGUGGACGGCUUCUCCCACCUGAGCUUUGGAUCUAUGCAGCUCCUCCAGACUAACCAUGAGCCUCGUAUCGGUUUUCUUUAAUUCCUGGCCUGUUCAGAUGGACCUCACGUCUUGGUAGGUUUGCAAAUGUUUCAUACUCUUUCCAUUUUGACAUGAUAGAUUGAACAGUGAAUUUUCUCUGUCACGUCACAGUUAUGCUCUUUGUUUUAGUCUGUAACAGAGAAUCUCUAUGAAAUUUAUUGAAAUUUGUAGCCUAACAAAAAUCUGCAGACUUAUUAAGCCGUUGUAAAUCAUCACAUGUCAAUCCUGAUCUUUGUAUUUUAAAGUGACAGUGUUCUCCUUCAUGUGGUCAGCUAGAAAUCCAGAGGGUCUGCAAUGUGUCUGCAUUCCUCCGACUCCACACCCAGCCUCGUGGGCCCUGCACCUCUUCACGUGGUGAUGGCCCAGCCCCAAAUAACUUUCAUUCUGCUCCCGCUGACCAGCAGCAACCCCUCCUCACCACACUGGGAGGAGAAAGUGUGUGAGGCGGAGUGUGUCUCGGGGAAAGUAAGAAGAUGAGAGCAUGGAUUUUGGUCCUGGAAGGUUCACCCGGAGUGGAUUGUGGAAUUUUUCUACGCUGAGCGUUGGGUCUGGACCCGGCGCUGAUGAUGCGGAGCAGUGGAAGUUGUUUUGUUGAAGAACUUUGAGCGUUUUGCCUCAUGUGACCGAGGGGGAUCGGUCAGCGGAGAGAUGUCCUGAAGAAAGAAAAUCCUCAACAAACCUGUGUUGAACCUGAAACGUCGAGCUGUUUCAUUUUCCUGUCAGCCAUGGACUCCCAGGGGAGUCCGUACCUCAAUAAGGGGGCUCUCUGCUCCACCCUGGGCGGCGCCAGGAUCUGCCAGUUAGCUAUGGGCUGUGCUGUGAUCGCAAUGGUGACCCACAGUGCCGGGUACAGCGGGUCGCAGGGCGUGUUCUGCAUGGCGGCCUGGUGCUGCUGCUUCGCCGUGUCGGCGGCCGUCUUCUUCCUGGACGCCACCCGUCUCUACAGCUGCCUCCGGGUGUCCUGGGACAACCUGACGGUCACCUGGGCUGCCUGCGCUACGCUCAUGUAUGUGACAGCCUCCGUGGUUUACCCGCUGUUCUUCCUCAGGUCCGAGUGCCCGUACGAAGGCUGUGAAGUCCGAGAUUUCCGCAUCGCCGUCACCGUCUGCUCCAUCCUGGGAACUCUGGCCUACGGUGCCGAAGUGGCCCUGUGCCGGGCCAGACCGGGCCAGAUCGUGGUGGGCUACAUGGCUACCGUCCCCGGCCUUCUGAAAGUGGUGCAGGCCUUCGUCGCCUGCAUCAUCUUUGGCGCUCUGGCCAACGGGAGCCAGUUCUCGCGUUACGCCGCCACAAUCUACUGUGUGGUCGUCUACGCUUCCUGCUUUGCUCUCACCGCCCUGGUGGUCAUGAUGACCGUCUGUAAACGCACCAAAACGGUCUUGAACGCCACAUCAUCUGUCAGGAUGAGCGUUGGAUUCAUUGGAGCAGGCCAGCUGGCUCAUGCACUUGUGAAAGGUUUCACUGCUGCAGGUGUGAUCGCAGCCCACAGGAUCACAGCCAGCUCCCCAGACACAGACCUGCCCACAGUGACGGGGCUGAGGAAAAUGGGGGUGAAUCUGACCACGAGCAACAAAGAAACGGUCAACAGAAGCGACGUUCUGUUUCUGGCUGUGAAGCCCCACAUCAUCCCCUUCGUCCUGGACGAGAUCGGACCGGACAUCGAAGACCGCCAUCUCAUCGUCUCCUGUGCUGCAGGCGUUACCAUCAGCUCCAUAGAGAAAAAGCUGCUGCAGCACCGUUCGGCUCCCAGAGUCAUGAGGUGCAUGACCAACACUCCUGUCGUGGUGCGAGAGGGCGCCACCGUGUACGCCACGGGAACACAUGCAGAGGUGGAGGAUGGGAAGCUGCUGGAGCAGCUGAUGGCCAGUGUUGGGUUCUGCACAGAGGUGGAGGAGGACCUGGUUGAUGCCGUGACUGGACUGAGUGGCAGUGGACCCGCCUACGCCUUCACAGCCCUGGACGCUCUUGCAGAUGGAGGAGUGAAGAUGGGUCUGCCCAGGAGGCUCGCGGUCAGACUCGGAGCUCAGGCUCUCUUGGGAGCAGCCAAGAUGCUGCUGGACUCUGAGCAGCACCCCGGCCAGCUGAAAGACAACGUCUGCUCACCAGGGGGCGCCACCAUCCACGCCCUGCACUUCUUGGAGAGCGGUGGCUUCAGAAGCCUCCUGAUCAACGCGGUGGAGGCUUCAUGCAUCAGGACCAGGGAGCUGCAGUUCCUUGCGGACCAAGAGCGCAUCUCUCCAGCAGCCAUUAAGAAAACCACCCUGGACAAAGUGUUGCAGCAACCCGGAGUUGCAGUCGGCGGAGAUGCCGGCGGGAACGGCCGGUCGGGCCUCAACCUCUUCAACAGCCGCACGUCUGGGAUCAAAAAGAAGAACUAAGAGCAUAGAGAUGCCGAAAGACAGACAUGCUGCAGGUUCACGUCUAAACAUGCAGACUCACAACGGGUCUCCAAACCCCGUCCAACCGUAGGAUUAAACAGUGGACACAGGACUGCUUUGAAAUCACCAACAAAUCAAUUUCUGGUGUUAUUUAUUCAUACGAGAGCCAGGAACACAUACAUUUCACACAGGCACAGGAGUAUUCUGCACAGCUGGCGCCUCCUACUGUGAUUAUACAUGAACACAAGUCCAGUUAGAGAAACCAGAAGAAUCAAAGGUGCUACUCAGCUGUCUUACAGCCUUAAACCUCCAUCAUGUUCCACAUUAUCUUCAGAUUUUUACUUUUGGCAUAAAGUUAACAAAGACUGAACACAUUUUGACCAUCCAAUGAUAUGUCAGGGAUUUUGUCCCCUGUAGAAUAAAAAAACAAACAAAAUGUUUUUUUCUGUCAUGUAACAAUAAUUUUGUCAUCCUAUGAUUUCUCUGAAAGCCCAAAGAGAAUUUUUACGUUUUCUUUUCAGCAAAUGUGAUGUAAUUACCUAUAAGUGCUACAAUAAAGCUUAAAUAAGGUAAAUUAAAAAUCACAGUUCAUUACA